AUGCUGCCCCUUGUGGUGGUGCUCCUGGCGGGUCUGGAGCAGAGUUGGGCCGCCUCCUGUGUGGUGGACAGUUUCAAUGUCAAGGAGGACUUUGACCCCAAGAGAGUGAGUAAAACAAACAGCCCACAUGUUGUACAGUAGAUAUUCUAUAGUAGACCUACUUGUCCUGCAAGGCCCUACAUCUAUCUGUUUUUUUAUGUGCUAGUGCUACAGUACGCAGCUAGAAAAAUAGUUGUAACACUAUUGCUCCAGUAUGGAGGAAAUAAUCAUUGCCAAGGCUACCUGCAAGGCCUUUUAAUCAACCAGUUUUUUUGUGUGUGCUCCAGUAUGCAGGGAAGUGGUACGCUCUGCAGAAGAAGGACCCUGAGGGACUGUUCCUCCAGGACAACAUCUCAGCUGAGUACACCAUCGGUGACGACGGCUCUAUGGUCGCCUCCUCCAAGGGACGUGUCACACUUUUCGGGUAAGAGCUGCCUGGAGAUUAUUUCAGAUGAAACGGCAAUAGUCUUAAAAAUUGGACAUGGCUUUCCGAAUCGGUGUAUAAGGGUCAAACUGAAAACCUUAUGUCUACUACAUGUUUGUAAGUUAAAGCCAUUUCACAUGAAUACUGUAUCUAUGAUGUUGAUUUGAAAUACUUUCCCCUAUUUACAGAUUCUGGGUUGUGUGCGCUGACAUGGCUGCCCAGUACACUGUGCCGGACUCUGCCAACCCUGGAAAGAUGUUCAUGAACUACCAGGGCCUGGCCAGUUAUCUGUCCAGCGGAGGUACGUCUUCUGAAUAUACACAAAUACACUUAGAGGCAGAGACGCAGCAAUAGCAACCAGUAAGACGCGCUCGAUACUCACAAUACUCUCCUCUUCUUUCAGGUGACAACUACUGGGUGAUCGACACCGACUAUGACAACUAUGCCAUCACCUAUGCCUGCCGUACCCUGAAGGACGAUGGAAGCUGUGAGGAUGGCUACUCCCUGAUCUUCUCCCGUAACCCUCGUGGCCUGCCACCAGCCAUCCAGAGGAGCAUUCGCGCCAAGCAGGAAGAGAUCUGCAUGGCUGGACAGUUUGAGCCCGUGCUGCAGUCUGGUACGGGUUAUAUUUUAUUUAUAAAGCCCUUCUUUCAUCAACAAUUGUUACGAAGUGCUUUACAGUAAUCCAGCCUACACCAUCAAAGAGCAAGGAUCAGUGUUCAGUCUGCAUUACUGUAAAUGUUACAUGCUGAAUGCCGCCUUUACAAACAUUUACGGAGUUAACUCAUCUCCUACUUAACAAAUAUUUAUUACCAGCAUAAAUUAGCUUUCUACAACUAAAGCAAAUGUAAAUUUUUGGGAUGUCCAACAAAUGUAGCCUCCAGUUGAACCUCUUUCUUUUUCUCUGCUCAACAGGAGCUUGCUAA